ACAUUUAGGGAGUAAACCUUCCAAUGGUCAAUAGCUUGAAUUAAAGCGCACAAUCUGGCUGUAGGUCCGGCUAAGUCGUUUUUGGUGCCAAGGUCUUACCGAUGCUUCUAGGAUUGUUGUCAAGAAAUGUCGUUACCCAGAUUUGUUCACAUAGCAGCCGCCUCGAUAAAAUUUCUACCUUCCAUCCAGCUUUUUACAUUUCUUCCCAAAUCGCUCCUUUCAUUUUAUCCAAAGCAAUUAUUGUUUACUUUCAUCGUCACUUUUGUUAUUUCUCAUCAAUUGUCGGGUCGUACGGCUUUUCUGUCGAAUAUCAGUGUUGCUCGUGUUCAAAUUCGAGUAUGUUCACCUCAACCCGUGAAUAACGAGUGAAUUGACUCGAACUGGGCUCACGGGGAGUAAUUUGCUUGAAAAUUGGUCGUCUAAAUCAUAAAAACCGC